GGCUCUGAGCGCUGUUCCUAUCAUGGCCGCGGGAGCCGGGACGGCGGGCCCUGCUUCCGGCCCGGGCGUAGUGCGUGACCCGGCGGCGUCACAGCCGAGGAAGCGGCCCGGCCGGGAGGGCGGGGAGGGCGGGGAGGGCGCGCGGCGGUCGGACGCGAUGGCUGGAGGAGGCGGGAGCAGCGACGGCAGCGGGCGGCCGGCGGGCCGGCGGGCGUCCCGCAGUAGCGGGCGGGCCCGGCGGGGGCGCCACGAGCCGGGGCUGGGGGGCCCGGCGGAGCGCGGCGCGGGGGAGGCACGGCUGGAAGAGGCAGUCAAUCGCUGGGUGCUCAAGUUCUACUUCCACGAGGCGCUGCGGGCCUUUCGGGGUAGCCGGUACGGGGACUUCAGACAGAUCCGGGACAUCAUGCAGGCUUUGCUUGUCAGGCCCUUGGGAAAGGAGCAUACCGUGUCCCGGUUGCUGCGGGUUAUGCAGUGUCUGUCGCGCAUUGAAGAAGGGGAAAAUUUAGACUGUUCCUUUGAUAUGGAGGCUGAGCUCACACCACUGGAAUCAGCUAUCAAUGUGCUGGAGAUGAUUAAAACAGAAUUUACACUGACAGAAGCAGUGGUCGAAUCCAGUAGAAAACUGGUCAAGGAGGCUGCUGUCAUUAUUUGUAUCAAAAACAAAGAAUUUGAAAAGGCUUCAAAAAUUUUGAAAAAACAUAUGUCCAAGGACCCCACAACUCAGAAGCUGAGAAAUGAUCUCCUGAAUAUUAUUCGAGAAAAGAACUUGGCCCAUCCUGUUAUCCAGAACUUUUCCUAUGAGACCUUCCAGCAGAAGAUGCUGCGCUUCCUGGAGAGCCAUCUGGACGACACUGAGCCCUACCUCCUCACGAUGGCCAAAAAGGCUUUGAAAUCUGAGUCUGCUGCCUCAAGUACAGUAAAGGAAGAUAAACAGCCAGCACCAGGGCCUGUGGAAAAGCCACCCAGAGAACCCACAAGGCAGCUACGGAAUACUCCAACCACCUUUGGAAUGGCGACUCUGAAGGCAGCUUUCAAGACUCUGUCCGGUACACAGGAUUCUGAGGCAGCCUUUGCAAAACUGGACCAGAAGGAUCUGGUUCUUCCUACUCAAGCUCCCUCAGCAUCACCAGCCCUCAAAAACAAGAGACCCAGAAAAGAUGAAAAUGGAAGUUCAGCCCCUGCUGAGGGUGAGGGUGGCUCGGAACUGCAGCCCAAGAACAAGCGCAUGACAAUAAGCAGAUUGGUCUUGGAGGAGGACAGCCAGGUCACUGAGCCCAGCACAGGCCUCAACUCUUCCCAGGAGGCCGUUCCAGCACCGCCAUCCAAGACCACCGUUCUCAACCAACCCCUUCCUGGAGAGAAGAAUCCCAAAAUGCCCAAAGGCAAGUGGAACAACUCUAAUGGGGUUGAAGAAAAAGAGACUUGGGUGGAAGAAGAUGAACUGUUUCCAGUUCAGGCAGCACCAGAUGAAGACAGUACAACCAAUGUAACAAAAAAGCAGAAGUGGACUGUAGAAGAAAGCGAGUGGGUCAAGGCUGGAGUGCAGAAAUAUGGGGAAGGAAACUGGGCUGCCAUUUCUAAAAAUUACCCAUUUGUUAACCGAACAGCUGUGAUGAUUAAGGAUCGCUGGCGGACCAUGAAAAGACUUGGCAUGAACUGAAACAGGCUUUCAUUUCCACAGAAUUCACAGGAGCAUGGUUCCUAAUAAUAGCCCCUGAUAGUCUGCUGUUUAUUUCAGAAGCUGGGCUGGGAUGAGAAUUUUGGGUAACCUCCUUCGACGUGGGGGAGGUCCCAGUUCCACUUCAUCACUAUUGGAGAUCAUGGAGCUAAGAAACAGAGCCAAGUCCACCCAUGUCCUUGGCAGAGAUGACAGGCAUACAGCUUGUGCAGUGCCAGAAUAUCAUUAGUGUUUCCCUUCCUUAGUAGUUUGCUUAAAUUUAAAUCCCUGGUAAUCUGUAGAACCUUCUCCUAGAAAUGGUGAAGUCUAUUAGGAGCCACCUGUGACUCCAUGACUGGUUAAAACCAGCAGUGUGAACAUUAUUUGGAGUAAACUUGUUCCACCUGAAGUUCUGGCCUUCUGCUGCAAAUGCAAAGGAACUUAGUCUGUUAUGAACCCAGGUUGAUGAGAGACCAGUCCUUGUGGGAUAAGAUUCCCUGUAAAAACUCUUUAGACAGUUGUGACAUCAACCCUAGACCUGACUGUCUUGGCAUUUGCUCUCAAUAUUUGUUGGGCUAUGUAGGUAGGUUUAUCCUCCACUUCUCAUGUGGUUGAACCAGUGUGUUUUUUGGUAAAAUGGUGAUUGUAGAUAAGCUUAGUUCCCACACACCCUCUCCCCUGCUUCUUUUCCCAAUUCCCUUCCUUAUGCUGGACUUUUAAAGCUUAAAAAAAAAAAAUCCUGAUUGAAUAUAAAUGCCUAAUUUCAUUACUUGUGAAAUGAUUGCUUCCUCUUGAUUCCCUAAUUGUGCUGUGUUUGUGUCUUGCACUGGAAUUCAACAUUCCCUUCUCCUUUUGUACUGUGUCGUGCUUGCUGUCUCUCCCAGACAUCCUUUAAGACUGUCUUUUUAGCAAAAAAUUUCAGUAAAGUGUUUUCUGUAAUCUUUUUUUAUAAGAGGAGAACUAAUUAUUGUCCAUACUUGUAGCAUUCUUCAUUAAAGUCUUGCUUCUCUCAACUGUAA